AUAUAUUUAAUUUUCGAUUUCGAUUAUGCAAGCUGGCUCGAAACUAUCGAUGACGCCUACGAUAUUUCUAGAGCUAUAUCGGAAAGAGAAAAAAGAAAGCAGCGUUAGCGAGAAAGCAGAGAGAAGAGUGGCAAAAAAAAUCCCAAUCGAAACACCCACGGAUUAAGUGGUCUGCUGCGAAUUAAGCCAAUCUAACGGUGAACCUUUCGGCCAGUAGUCCAAAUUAAGCCUUGCAGCCCCCAGAAGUUAAACUAGAUAGCGACGCCCCCACCGACAAAAGCUUCUUCAUGAUGUCGUCGGAUCAACAGUUUUUUCUGAAAUGGAACGAUUUUCAAACGAAUAUGGUGACCUCGUUCCGUCACUUGCGAGACGAGAAGAGCUUCACAGAUGUAACACUUGCCUGCGAGGGCCAAACCUGCAAAGCCCACAAAAUGGUGCUUUCCGCUUGUAGUCCCUACUUCAAAGCGCUACUGGAGGAAAAUCCAUCGAAGCACCCGAUAAUUAUCCUGAAAGACGUCUCCUACAUCCACCUACAGGCUAUACUGGAGUUCAUGUACGCCGGAGAGGUGAACGUGUCCCAGGAACAGUUGCCAGCAUUUCUUAAGACCGCCGAUCGCCUCAAAGUGAAAGGCCUGGCAGAGACACCAAGUUCAAUAAAACGGGAGGGUUGAUGGUAUUAAACAAUAAACAAAACGAAAAUACAUAAAAAAAACAACAACCAACUAUAAGAAACUUAUAAGUACGCAAGAAAGCAAAAUUCCAACGAGAGAGAAAGAAAAAACAUAACGAGACGGACAUUUGGUAUACAAAUUCAUGUAGAAGUACAAUAUGAGGAAGAACAACACCAACAGACAACCAUACAAAGCUAACAGAUUGAAAGGAUUAGCCUGUAAAGUAGAGGUGAUUUCCAAUUCCUCCAGCCCACUCCCACACCACUUAUUCACACCUGACCUUCCAAUCUGCAAACAGAACUUACCGACGCCCCACAGAACUUGAUUUGAAUGUGUAUUCGUUUGAUUUCUGCAUAAAAUAGUUUGUAAUAUAUUAUUAACUAAUACAAAAAACAAAACACACCACUCUGUAUAAAUGAAAUGACAUGGACAGCCCCUUAAAAGGAAAACAAAAAAAAAGAGCGCACUUGUGUAAAGUAAUUUAAAAGGAUUCAUUAAAAAUAUAAAAGAUAAUUAUAAAUAUAGUGUGAAAUGUGCAAGUAGAAGGAUAAAUGCCGCAACGGGCGCGAAUAUUACAACACAUUCGGUUAGUUAUUAAGCCACUAACUACAACCCCAGACAUGCCACCCCUCCUCCAGACAGACAAACUCAUUUUCAUCUAUACUUAAAAAUAAAAUAGAAACAAAUGCAAAAUUGUACUUUAAUCGUUUUGUGCGGACUUACGCGGCCUAUUUUCACUUUUUUCUAACAUACACAAGAUAUAAUUUAAUAAUUACAAGCUAAAUGGAUAAUGUUUCAAUGUGAAGCUAUCAAAUCUACUUAGUUUAAACAAAAGAGUAAGGAGAAACGUUAGAAUGAAAAAUAAAUCUUGAGUAAAAAACUAUAUUUGAAUAUUAUUACAUAAAGUAAAAUAUUUAUAUGUAUGUAUAUGUAUACAUGUGAGCAUAGAUUUAAACAACUACGGUAAAUAAACAGAUAAUUCCAAAAAAAAAA